UCCACUAUCUACCCUGGCAUUCAUUAUACAGACAGCCAUGCCUCGCUCCAACCAAUGUGCCUCACUGUCUGCUUUCCCGGGACAUUUCCGAGACAGAUUUUGGAAAGGAGCAAUAUUCCUGUCCGCAUAUCAGUAUCUAUUGAUGAGGAAUACGGAACAUUUACCACACCAGUCAUAGAGGUUGCAUCGCUAGACUUGCGCCAUCGUGGUGGCUUGCUACACUGUUCAGGAGGCUCGGAUGAUGUGAGUUCAAAUUUGUCCUUAGAUAUGUCUAACGUUGGCGAACCCACUAUAUCAUUCCUCCCACUCCCGCCUUCAUUCGACUAUGUCAAUCGAGCAGAUUGGGAAACAGUCGCCCAGCGAAUUCAAGAAUGGGUCACCACAGAAGUAGCCACAGAAUCAUCGCUAUGGACGUGGGGACGCGACGCUUUCUGGCUGGCUUUCGUUGCUGCCUAUCCGUCUUUCCCGAUGGGCAAGUGGCCGAUGUGGGAUCUUCGUAUUCCACUGGAGGGAUCGUUCAUCGAAGAGUGGCUACAGCAUUCAAACGAC